AUGGCCGACAAGAACCAUCCCAACAUCGUGCGGCUGCUUGGGUUUGCUGUGGGUGGGGACACGAAGACACGCCCAGAGCAAGUGCUCAUCUACGAGUUUGUGUCCAACGGUGACCUCGAGAAGUGGCUGGACCCAACAAAGGCACCAUUCUCACUGACCCUGCCACAACUGCUGAGCAUCCUGAUUGGGGCGGCGCGUGGGUUGGAGUACCUACACAGCUUUGGCUUCGUGCAUCGCGACAUCAAACUCGCCAACAUCCUCAUCAGCGCCCACAUGCAGGCCAAGGUUGCGGAUUUUGGAUUGAUAAGGGAGGGAGAGGGCGCGACAGUGCUAUCUACUCGGGUGGUGGGAACACCGGGCUAUGUGGACCCAGUUUACUUCAGAACAUCAAAGGCCACCACGGCCACUGAUGUUUACAGCUUUGGGAUUCUUAUUCUAGUGGUGCUCACUGGACGUGCUCCAAUAGAAGAGAAUCCGGGAAGAAGGAGGCACAUCCUACAUUGGGUAAACGAGUGUCUGUCUGAGGGGAACCUGGCAGACUUGAAGGACCCCAACCUGGUCGCUUCAGAGGAUGUGCUGCUGCGGCUGACCCAGCUCGCAGUGAGCUGCACGGUGGGUCGCACUGCGAGCCGGCCAACCAUGGGUGACAUUGCCAAUGAGCUGCAGGCGAUUAGGAAAGAGUUAGCAGGGGAGGAGGAGGUGAGUGCGGCGGUGAAGGUGGAUGAGGAAGAAGAAGAAAGGAAGAUGGCGUUCGUGAUGGUUACAAGCUUGGAGGAAGAAAUAGCCCGCAUCGGUGAUGGCAACUUUACGUGA